AUGAAUUCGUACCAGCUGAACGGCCGAAACAGAAGAAACCAAAAGAUAAUUUACAUCCGGAGGGAGAAUUCGAACGUCGUCCUAAAGACGAAUUCUUACCUGCUGAACGACCAAAACCUAAAAAACCCGAAGACAACUUGUUCCCAGAAGGAGAAUUCGAACGUCGUCCAAAAGAUGAAUUCGUACCUGCUGAACGACCGAAACAGAAGAAACCCGAAGACAACUUGUUCCCAGAAGGAGAAUUCGAACGUCGUCCAAAAGACGAAUUCGUACCAGCUGAACGACCGAAACAGAAGAAACCAAAAGAUAAUUUACAUCCCGAGGGAGAUUUCGAACGUCGUCCGAAGGACGAAUUUGUACCUGCUGAACGACCAAAACCGAAGAAACCUGAAGACAACUUGUUCCCAGAAGGAGAAUUCGAACGUCGUCCUAAAGAUGAAUUCGUACCUGCUGAACGACCAAAACCGAAGAAACCCGAUGACAAUUUGUUCCCCGAAGGAGAAUUCGAACGUCGUCCUAAAGAUGAAUUUGUACCAGCUGAACGACCGAAGCAGAAGAAACCAAAAGAUAAUUUGCAUCCUGAAGGUGAGUUCGAAAAACGUUCAAAGGACAAAUUUGUGCCAGGUGAACGACCGAAGCAGAAGAAACCGGAAGACAAUUUACAUACCGAAGGAGACUUCUAUGGAAGUACUUCAUCCAGAAAUGAUUUCACAUUUGAAAAAGUUGAACGAGUUGCAACGAUUAGACGGGAGGAUAAUUUAA